CGAUGGCACGCGACGGUGUUAAUAAUUGCACGGCAGUCGUGGUGGCAACAUGAACCGAAUCGCUGUUACAUUUGCGCUAUUAUGCGCCUUGUCGUCCACUCUUGCCUUCGAUUUCGAAGAUUGCGGCUCGGAGGUAGGUAAAUUCAGCGACGUAACUAUUUCGAGUUGUAACCCGUCGGACGAAAAAUGCAUUCUGAAUCGCGGCAGUCAGACACAGGUGUCUCUCAAAUUCACGCCAUCUAAGGACAUCUCGAAAAUAGAAGCGCGUGCUUUCGGUGUGUUGCUCGACGUACCAGUGCCAUUCCCACUUGAGAAGCCUGAUGUGUGCAAGGAUGGCGGUUCUGGGGUCAAGUGUCCUCUGAAAAAGGAUCAAGAAGUCGAAUACAAAGCCUCGUUCUUCAUAGAAAAGAGCGUUCCCUCGCUGAGUGUUGACGUUGUAUGGGAAUUUGCAAAUGAAGAUGACAAGAAAGUGGUAUGUGUGAAAUUCCCGGCGAGGAUCAAGUAAAGAGCUUGCAUCAUUCCCGCGGCUUGCAUUAUGACGGAUACUUAUUACGCUUUGGUAACGAGAUGGACAUGUAACCGUGCAUCUACGAUUUGUAGUUGACGGAUUUCAUUAUCCACAUUUCCUCGCAACACAUGUCGACGUAUUAAUUCAAUGCAAAUUUUACCUAAUAAAAUUGUGAAAUGAAUAAACGACAAAGAUAGUUCCGCUGA